AUGGUGGCCCAGGAAUAUGAUAUUGCAGCAGUUGGGCGAGGGGGGAAGGAGGCGAUUGCCAAGCAAAAGCAGUCCCUACGACGGAGACUAGGUCUGGACGAGUGUGAGCGAUUCAUGGAUGUAAGCGAUAUCAUUAGAGACGAGGAUCUGGAAGCACCAGCGCAAGCAGCAGCACCACCAGCAACAGGUUCAUCAAACCCCGCUGCAGCAGCUGUUGGCAAGCAGAAGCAGAAGCAAGAAGCUACAGCUGGAAUCAAGCGUGGUGCGCAGGAUCUAAUGGCUGAGAUGCUGCCAAGUGGCACCAGUCCGGGGGUCGUGUGGGAGGUACGUCACGGCAGUAUUCUUGCCCUCAGGGAGGUUAUGUCCGCGCAUGGGAACUGUGCUGCAGUUUGCCGCCCAAUAGUUCCUUCUAAGUGGGCCAGUGCCAAUGGGAAUGAGGAGAUAGAAGAUGGGAAUGGGAAGAUGGAGCUGGAGGUGGUGAAGGAGGAGGAUGAUGGCAAGACUGUACCAGAGAUGAGGGAGCUGGAUGUGGGGUUGGUCAAGGCGCCGAUGGUGAGUUCGGAAAAGGAGGAAGAAGGGGUUAACAAGAAAAUGGAGGUUGUGGAUCAUUGGGGUAUCAGAAAAGAAGAACGUGUGGAGGCGGAAGGAUUGGAGGAUGUGAAGCAGGAAGUAAAAGAACGAGAGUUUGUGAGUAAGCCAUUGGUAGCUGUGAAGAGGGAGAUUGAGGUGGGGACUUCUUUAAAGGCAGAGGUGAAAGAGGAGGCGAAAGGUGAAGAGGAAGGUAUGAAAACGAGAGCAGAGGAGGAAUUGAAAGUAGAGGAUGAGAUGGGAGUAAUCGAGGGGCGACUGGAGGGAGUCAAGAGGGAGGCGAAGGCAGAGUCGAAGGAAGGGAGUGGUGGCUGGCUAGGCCUCUCUAUGGGCUCUGAGACGCCUAAAGAAAGCAAUGGAGAGUCCGCGUCUGGGGGCAAGCUUGCUGCUACUGCUGGGGUGUGUGUGAAGGAGGAGGCAGGAGAAGGGGGCGGGAAGGGGGGGGAGGAUAACCGAGCUGAACGAUCCGGAUUUGACUUGAACGAGUUGCUGGUCUGUAAAGUGGAGGACACUGAAGCGAGUGUGACGAAUCAAGAGGGCGUCAUUAACCAAAAUUCUGGAGGGAGGGCGCGUAUGGGCUUGGACUUACAUCUCUCUGACGGCAUGCAAUCAGAAGAGAUGGGAGAGGGGGUGGUACGAAAUUUGGGGAAUGAAAAGAGUAUUGAGGGGAUUAAGGUAGAAGCCAACACGGAUGAGGCUGAAGAGAAGAGCAAGCGUGAGGGAAGUGAGAAAGCUGUGGGAAAGGGGUUGGACUUGAACAUGGAAGUUUCCGAGGAAGCAAAUGAGGGGAAACAUGUGGAUGGGGGGGAAGUGGCUGAGGAGAAGAAUGGAGAAGAGAAGGAGAGUGCGCUGGUGGUGGCACAACGUGUGAGGGCGGCGGAGAAAGGUGCAACGGCGACGAUUGAAUCUGCAAGGAAGGCACAGUUAGCUAUAGAAGCUGCCAGGAAGGCACAGGCGGAUAAUGAGCUGUUUUUGGAGGACUGUGCCAUUCGGCUGCUGUGCAUCUUCGCUUUGGACAGGUUGGAAGACUUUGUGUCGGACCAGGUGGUGGCGCCAGUGCGGGAGGCGUGUGGACAGGCGCUUGGAGUGGUGCUCAAAUACCUGCCCUCCAGGGCUGUUGCACGCACACUUGAUGUGCUGCUGCAAAUGCAGAACCGAUCAGAGUGGGAAGUGCGGCACGGUGCCCUGCUUGGCAUCAAGUACCUUAUAGCAGUGCGCCAGGAGCUACUGCCCUCCCUGCUGCCCUCGCUCCUCCCUGCCUGCAUCCGCGCGCUGCAAGACUCAGAUGAUGAUGUGAGAGCUGUGGCAGCAGAGGCGCUGCUGCCAGCUGCUAAGACUGUGGGGGAGGGCGUGGACGAAAGUGAUUUGAGGCAGCUGAUGCGGCUGCUGUGGGGGAUUCUAUCAGAACUUGACGACCUCAGUCCUUCCACUAGCAGUGUCAUGACCCUCCUUGCUGAGCUGCAUGCUCUUCCUCGAGUUGCUGCCCUCUGGACCGUUUCACCAUCUGCUGGUGCUUCGGCUGAUGUUAAGACUGCUGCAACUGCAGCUGCUGCUGCGGCUGCUGCUGGUAUGCCUGUUGCUGCUUCUGCUGGUGGACAAGUGGAUGGCGAUGAGGAGUUGGGCGAAGAUGAUGACCUUGACGACAAGGAAGAGGAGGAGAAUCUAGCUUUAGAUGGGAUUAAACCGAAGAGAAACAAAGAUGCUGCUGCUGGCGCUGCUGCUGUUGGUGCUGGAAGGGACACUUUGCCGCCCUUAGUGGUUCUCGUCCGUCGAUUAUGGCCGUUGAUGCGUCACACCAUCUCUGCUGUCCGACUUGCUGCUGUUUCCACUCUCGAGAGGCUCCUUCAAUCCACUGGCACCUUGUCAUCAGAUUCCAGCUCAACGUUACCCUGGGUGGCUGACGUGUUAGUGGACGCGCUGGCAUGUAUUCUCCGUAAUCUGAUUUUGGAGACCCACCCCACGGCUCUUGCUGUCUCCCGCCGUGUCUGGCCUCUGCUCUUGCAACAGGUACCCCCCUCCAGGGUUGCAUCUCUCACUCGCCCCGUGAUUCACCACUGGUGCCAGCUCAUCGCCACACCGCCUGGUGGCCCCCUUGACACCUCCCUCCUCUUUGCCACAUCAGCACCUGCAGCUCAAGGGACAGCCAGCAGAGGCAUGGGGACUGAGGGUAAGGGGAGGGGAAGGGGUAGAGGGGGAAGGGGAAAGGGCAAGGGGAAGGAGUUGGAAGGUGUAGCAGCAGGAUCUAGUGCAGGGAGCUCUGCUGCUGCUGGCAGUGCACUAGGGAGCGGUGGUAGUGGGGUGGUGGUGGUAGGGGCUGAAGGCGAGAGUGCAGCUGUGCGUAUGAGAGUAGACACAAGCCAAGCCAUGGGCUUGCUGCUCUCCUUCUGGCCUGUUGUCCAGCUAGAAGGCGGAGUAGCCCCGUUGAUAUCCCUCCUGGGGUCCGUGGCUGCCACACAGAAGCAGGUUGGUGCUUUGAUCAUUGCUGCUUGGUUCAGGGAGCUUGAGAAACGGGAGCUAGGGAAAAUGGAGGUGGAGCAAACGGACAGUCAGCAAACAUUGCAAAAGCCAAAUCAGCAUCAGCAGCAGCAGCAGCAGCAGUAUGCCCUUGGCUCUCUUCCUGGUCUCUCUUUGGUACGACCAUCUCCUCCUGUUGAAAAAUUGUUGAACCACUUGAUGGCUCUCCUCUGUUCUCCUGAUGCUGGCCAAAGCUACGAGGAGCUCUCUCGAACCUACAACAAGCUCCGGGCUGAAGCUAGUGCUUUGAUCAGCCAUGCCCGAGCUCUGGGGUUAGCACCAGACACGAUUAGUUCGGCGCUUACACGAGCCGGCUGUGUUGGCUCGGCAGGGGCUCUGGAUAGCAGUACAGCAGGAGAAACGAGAGGAAAGGGAGGAACAGGAGGAACAGUUUUGGAAGGACGAGGAGGGGAAGAGGCUCAUUUUGAUAGAUUGAGUCCAGAGGGUGCGUUGGAACUGGCAGGGGCUUUGGCUGGGCUUGCUGGGUCAGGAACAGGCGAGGUGGAGAACAGGGAUGCACCUGGUGGUGCCAACAUGCACACAUCCGUCACAGCAACAGUGGCGGCAGCAGCCGUGCGAGUCUCCUUAAGUCUGCCUUCCAAGCUCAACCCCAUCAUACAGCCACUCAUGGCCGCACUCAAGCGAGAAAGGGAGGUGCUUCUGCAGCAGUGUGUAGCGAGCGGCCUCGCAUCCGUCAUCCUGCGCUCCUUGGAUCGCCGCCCUUCCCCUAACGACAGGCUUCUCAAGAAUCUAUCUACACUCGCCUGCUCCGACCCCUCUCAGUGCCCACCACCCUGUGAUGCCAAUAAGGAGGCGGAUGACCCCCUGGAUCCCACCCUCGCCAUGCCUGCUGCGGCUGGAGCCGGGGGUGCGGCUUCAAAAGGAGCCGCUGGUGUGAUUGUAAAAGGGGAAGGGGCAGCAGGGUCGUUGGAAGCCAUGAUUGGCCGCAGAGGAGCCGAGCUGUCCUUCAGAGCCUUGGCGGACAGCCUUGGCCCAGACCUUUUUACAAAGCUGCCGAAGCUGUGGGGUCUCCUUACUGAGGUCUGGAAGCCCGGAGAGUCAGAGGGAGGUGGUAGCACAGGGAAGUGCGAUGAGGGAGAACUGUUCAAAGCAGAUCCACUGGCACUAGUCAACACCUUUCAACUCAUCCGGUGCCUAUCCCUUGUCCUCCACACGUCCCUUAUCCCCCAACUGCUCCUCCUCCUUCCACCAGUUCUCUGUUGCACUCGCCAUCCCCAUGCUGCUGUCCGAUUCGCCUCAGCCCAGUGCCUGGCAGCACUUGUGUCUCUUUUGUCUGCAGAGCAAACUGUUCUCUCCGCCAUUCUCACUCAUGUCAUUCCUCAGCUCACCAACACACUCUCUGAACCAGCCCGUCGCGGAGCAGCAAGUGUUGUUUCCUCGUUAGUCAACACCCAAGGCGAGAUGCUAGCACCAUACGCUGCACUCCUAGUCGUUCCCCUCUUAGCUCGGAUGUCCGACCCUAGUCCGCAGGUGCGGCAGCUGGUGACACAGAGCUUUGCCAGGCUCGUGCCUCUACUGCCUCUCGCCCGAGGGCUGCCUUUACCAGCGUUUUUGGACAAGGAAGGUGCGAGGAAGGCCCGGGAGGAUGCCCGGUUCCUGGAGCAGCUUCUGGAUAAUCGCAAGGCGGAUGAUUACCAGCUGCAAGUGAAGCUGUCGGUCACCCUGAGAAGGUACCAGCAGGAGGGUGUCAACUGGUUGGCCUUUCUGCGCCGCUUCCACCUGCAUGGGGUGCUGUGUGACGACAUGGGGCUGGGCAAGACCCUCCAGGCCUCCUCCAUGCUCGCCUCAGACACAAUCGAGCGCCAAGCUGCUGCGCGUGCAGCUGCUACCGGGCCUACUUCUGCUGCUGAUCGUGCUGCACCUGGUGCUUCUGGAUUCGGAGUUGCGCCCACGCCUCUCCUCCCGUCUCUCAUCGUUUGCCCACCCACUCUUGUCGCUCACUGGGUCUACGAGAUCGAGAAGUACAUUCCUCGUGGGAUAUUCUUCCCACUGCAGUAUGCAGGCAGCGUUGCCGACCGGCAGAGGAUGCGGGGGCAGCUGAGAAAGCACAACCUGGUGGUAACCUCGUAUGAGGUGUUACGAAGCGACAUUGAUGAGCUGGCAGCCAUCACAUGGCGGUACUGUGUGCUGGACGAGGGGCAUCUGAUCAAGGGCGCUAAGACGCGGCUGUCGCAGGCGGUGAGGCGGAUCAAGGCGGAGCAUCGGCUGCUGCUGACGGGCACUCCCAUUCAGAACAACGUCUUGGAGCUGUGGGCGCUCUUUGACUUCCUCAUGCCAGGAUUCCUAGGGACUGAGAAACAGUUCCAGGCGCGGUAUGGCAAGCCUCUACAGGCUGCACGAGACCCCAAGUGCACUGCCAAGCAAGCAGAGGCAGGCGCUCUGGCCAUGGAGGCCCUUCAUCGCCAGGUGAUGCCAUUCAUUCUGCGCCGCACCAAGGAGCAAGUUCUCUCAGACCUGCCUCCCAAAAUCAUCACCGACCGAUACUGCCAGCUGAGCACGCUGCAGCGACUACUGUACGCUGACUUCUCAAAGUCCCACGCGUCAGAGGAGGUGGUGACAGCAGUAACGGCGGCAGGUGGAGGAGCAGAGGGAGGAGGAGGGGAGCAAGCUUCAACCCAUGUGUUCCAAGCGCUGCAGUAUCUGAGGAAGCUGUGUAGCCAUCCGUUACUGGUGCUGGACCCUUCCCAUCCCCGCCACGCAGCUGCUCUCGCAGCAGUAGGGGCCUCGGGGGCAGCAGCAGAAGCCGGGCCGAGAGGAGGCAGCAGCAGUGGUGCUGGCAGCAGUGGAGGGGAUGGUGUUGGGGACGUGCAUGACAUAGUGCACGCACCCAAGUUGGUUGCGCUGAGAGAUAUUCUGCUGGAGUGUGGGAUAGGAGGAGGAGGGGAGGGUAAGAGUGGAGGGGAUGUGGGAGGUGAGGCCAGCGAGGGCAAUCACCGUGUGCUCGUGUUCGCCCAGCUUAAGUCAUUCCUUGAUAUAGUGGAGGAGGACCUCUUCAAGAAACACAUGCCUGGUGUGUCCUAUCUGCGCAUUGACGGGUCGGUGGAGCCAUCGCGCCGUUUUGAUCUGGUCAAGGCCUUCAACUCAGACCCAACGAUCGAUGUGCUGCUCCUCACAACCCAUGUCGGUGGCUUGGGCCUGAACCUAACAGCAGCGGACACAGUGGUGUUCUUGGAGCAUGACUGGAACCCAAUGCGGGAUCUGCAGGCUAUGGAUCGAGCCCAUCGCCUGGGGCAGAGGCGGACGGUGAACGUGCACAGAGUGAUAAUGGCGGGCACGCUGGAGGAGAAGGUCAUGGGGCUGCAGCGCUUCAAGCUCUCCAUAGCCAACGCGGUGGUCAAUGCUGACAACGCCAGUCUCAAAUCGAUGGACACAUCGCAGCUCUUAGACCUCUUUAACGCUGGCCCUCCUGCUGCCAGUGCUGGUGCUAAGCAGAAACCAGCAGACUCAUCUUCAGAUGCAGCUGUGGCAGCAGCUGGAGGAGGGAAGGGACUGAAAGCUGUGCUUACUGGCUUGGAAGAUCUAUGGGACGAGUCGCAGUACGCAGAGGAGUACAACCUGGAUAACUUCCUGAAACGCAUUUAG